CUAUUAUUCACAGCCGCGUUCGUGGUUCCACAGGUUUCCCCAGUGCCGCCUUAUCACUUACCCCUGUGUCGCGUGACCUGCUGUCCAAAUCCCGGUGGUUCCUGUCUACCACGGAACUAGGAGACUGUGGUGUAAUUCCUUCACCAGUGUAGUUCUUCGCCCCUGGGGAAGGCCGGACCUGGCUUGAAUACCUCACGAGAUCAACGACAGUCCAUACUGGACUGAACUAGGGAACUCCCUAGAUUCCUCAUACGAAAAUGACACGCCCAAAAAUGCCACCUACGCCAGCCUCAUCCACCGAGAUCAAAGGUCAGGAUCACUCGACCAAGCUGUCUUCGCUCCAGUUGACCUUCGAGUUGCCCCCUUCGGCCAUAACUUCUCCCGAGCUCUCGAAAGCUUCGGGUCCCGGCAGAAAGAUGUCGCCCAUUUCACCAACGUCAACACUGCCUUAUCUCCAGCCUAGCGAAACCGUGAAGGCCAGGAGACGUUCCUCCACGGCGCAGCAAAAGGAGGCAUUCGCCCUCCCACCGCCGCCAACAAGAUCCCGCAAGAUCAUCCAAAUGAAGCCCCGUCCUCAGGAAGAGGCGGUGGUCGCGCCUUCGCCUACAAAGGGAAGCGCUGGUACAAGUAGUCAGGCCAAGCAUGCUUCGGGUAGUGGUGCGGCGGCAGGCUCCAAGGCAACGAGUACCAAGAAGCAGCCCUCUGCAACCAGUGCUGCGGGCCGGAAGAUAGCGAGGAGAACAGCUCACAGCCUCAUUGAGAGGCGACGGCGGUCAAAGAUGAAUGAGGAGUUUGCCGUGCUGAAGGGUCUUAUACCAGCUUGCACGGGCGAGAUGCAUAAGCUCGCUAUUCUACAGGCUUCAAUAGAAUACGUUCGUUACCUCGAGGACUGCAUCACGAAGCUCAAGGAGCAAAACAGCCAUGACUCAACAGCCGCGACACCAACCGAAUUCCGGCCCGUGCAGCGUAGCGAUGAGGAAGCCGACUGGGCCGCCAAGGCCGCCACCGACGUAGAGGAGGACGGAGCCGAGGAUGUCGAGAUGACUGACUCGGAAGCGCCCUCGCCGAGCUACACACCCGUCGUGGGGCCCACGACGACGGUAUCGACGCGGUCGAACCAUUCAUCCAUUUCGCCGGUCCCGCAACGGCACCACUCGACAGCAUCGUCGGCCUCGUCAGUAGAAUACCAGCUCUACAACCCUAAUGCUGUAGUCUCAACGUCCGCAAGGACGUCGCCGUACCAGUAUGCGCAAUCUAGUUGUGCGGGAUCGACAUCGGCGUCGCACUCGGCUUUGACAAGCCCUGCGCUGCGGCCUCAGCUCGAGAUCGACCACGAGGUGUCGGCGGCGCUGCUGAUGCUCGGGUCAGGACGCGCGAACACAGGUCCGGCGCGGGGUAUGAGUGUGCAAGAUCUGCUUAGCUCUUAACUCACCCCUUAUACCCACACUAUAUAUCUAGCUCCCAGCGCGUUAGCUAGUGAACAACUUUGCAGCUGCAAAAAACUAGCCCACCUCAUCAAGCGAUUCUUCCCCCUUUAUGACCUCAAGACAUUAGUCUUAAGUUACCUCCACCUCAUGAACUAAUUCAAUCCGUAAUUUCGGCGUUCGGCGUCUUCAGGUACUUGCCUAGGUAUUCAUCUACAGUACCAAUAGUGUCAAGCGGUGUUCUGCCUUAUUCAGAGAGGGUGGACGGCUUUAGCAAUCGUGGAAAAGCCGUAAAGAAAAAAAUAAUGGAUGUUGGACUACUCGACUUCUUCAUCAUAUCUACCUCAUUCGAGUAUCUAGUAAAUAGGGCGUUUAUAUGUACAAAAGUCAGCGAAUCG